ACUCAUUUCAUUUCAGCACAUGAAACUAUAAAAAGUGAGUGUGGAGACAGCGACAAUGAAUAGUUUUAAACUUCUACUGGAGACAUGAAGUGCAUUGUAUUGCUAGCUUUCAUAUGCGCUGUAUUGGCAGCAAUGAUGCAUACCACAUAUGCUCAAAAGCCGCAAAUGCCUCAGAUGCCACAGAUGCCCGGUGGCAAUAAUGGACUAAUCGAACGCUCGCGUCGUGCUGCACAAGGCGGUGGACAAGGUGGUGGCAGUGGUGGUGCUGGUGCUAGUGGCGGAAUGGGAUUUGGUAUGGGUGCUAACAUGGGAGGAGGCGCACAAGGAUCUGGUGGUGGACAAGGUGGUCAUUAGUGGCGCUUAUAGCUAAAACUGUUAUUUAAUUUGUAGUUAUAAAGGAAUAAAACAGAGCAGUGCAGAAACAA